UGAAGACCCCGCCCUCCGCUCCGCCCCACGCACGCCGGAGGUCUGCACCCGGGUGCGCUGGCAGCGCCCACCGUUUACGACGGGCCGGAAAGUAGCGGCCGCAGCCAGUGCCGGGCCUGGUCGGGCCGAGCCGGGCCAGUAUGGGGAAAAUUGCGCUGCAGCUCAAAGCCACGCUGGAGAAUGUCACCAACCUCCGGCCCUUGGGCGAGGACUUCCGGUGGUACCUGAAGAUGAAAUGUGGCAACUGUGGUGAGAUUUCAGAGAAGUGGCAAUAUAUUCGGCUGAUGGACAGUGUGGCACUGAAGGGAGGUCGUGGCAGCGCCUCCAUGGUCCAGAAGUGCAAGCUGUGUGCAAGGGAAAACUCCAUCGAGAUUUUGAGCAGCACCAUCAAAUCUUACAAUGCUGAAGACAAUGAGAAGUUCAAGACAAUUGUAGAGUUUGAGUGUCGGGGCCUUGAACCAGUUGAUUUCCAGCCUCAGGCUGGGUUUGCUGCCGAGGGCGUGGAAUCGGGGACGGUCUUCAGUGAUAUUAAUCUUCAGGAGAAGGACUGGACUGACUAUGACGAAAAAGCUCAGGAAUCUGUGGGAAUCUACGAGGUCACCCACCAGUUUGUGAAGUGCUGAACCCUCUUCCUGCACACUUGCCUCAAAGAACUGAGAAGGGACAAUGUGCCCCAAGCAGCAGAGCCCACUGAGGCUAAUCCCCUCAUCCCCUGUCUGCUGGAAGCUGUCUGAGCCCUCACAGCCUGUAUGCUGGGCUCUGCCACAGCUUCUCAAGCAUCACCAAUAAAGCCGCUGUUUGUGCUA